AACAUACUCACCGCCACCCACACGGCACAGACACAUGCAGCUACCACUACUGCUGCUACAUCAUAGCUUCAUUUGUUCAUCUGAGGUCAGUGUGUCUGCGCGGCGACGACUCGCGCGAGUCGCUGGCAAACUGCGUCUUGAUGUGACGCAACACCUGGGCAGUGCACGAAGGACAGACAAAACGCACACAAACAGAUCAGCUCACUGCACCACACCACACCACACCACAUCACACACACAGGCUGACCAGUGGCUGCACAAAGGCCAUGGAGAUCUGCUUCAGCUGGAGAGACACAGGAAAGCAGACCAGACAGACAGAGGGAUGCACACAGGCGAGUUGAUGUGCUCACGGCAGGUUGGGGGGGCUCGGCUGGUCUGCGCGGGGGCGCCACGCGGAAAAGGUCGGUACCCGAGAGCAGCACGUUGCAGGCCGCACGCCACUCACGCAGCUCCCGCAUUAUCCUGACACACGCCACAGACAUUCUUGUUGGUGCCAACGUGUUGCCUGUGUGUGUCUCUCGUCUGCCGUACUGAUUGAGUGCCGUCUUGAAGCGCUGGUGGGCGUCCCGCCACCUGCACAGAGAGAGAGAGUGUGUGUGUGCGCGCCCACAACACCAACACACAUGCCAGAGAUCGAUGAAUUGCCGCCGACCGACCUUGCAGUAUUCUUGCGGAUGAGUGCUAUCAGGUAGACGCGGCGCAGAUUCGGCGGGACGCGGAAACGAUCAAGAAACUGCCACACAUACGGACAGCUAUGAACAAGGUGGUUCGUAUGUCACUUGUCUUACAGCGAAGAACGGCGUCCGUCCCUCGGCGAGAUAUGCCUCCAUCUCCCGCUGCAUCUUAGACGGAGGCACCUACACACACCCAUCAUCACACCCAUCGCACCCAUACACGGCGCACGUGUCAAGCCAUUCACACAACAUGACAUGCAUUGGUCCUUACGUGCAGGCUCUUGGCCAGCACCUGUGUCUCCAGCUCCCAGAACCUCUGCAGCAGGUGCUGCUUCACCUCCCGCCUGUAGACCAGGAAGCUCUUGCACGCGUGGCGGAUCCGCUGCACGCACCGGAAGCCGUGCAGAAAGCGCUGACGCAGCUGUGAUCAAACCACCCAUCACACCAACCCACCAGCCAUCUCGCACCGACGGGUCAUUGUUCGAGCGGACGGAUUGGCUCACCGGUUCGAGUGGGUCAGCCCGUCGCAGCGACGCCAGCAGCAUGUCAGCCCUGCUGUGCCGCAUCCGCAGAAGCAGCUUGGCACCGGAAAACACAGUCCUGCAGACACACACAAGGGUCAAGCAAGGCAUGACUGCGGCAUCCAGAAUCACACGUCAACACUCACCAGUAGACGGCAGCGGCCCUGGCAGCAGCAGCACGGGCAGCAGCAGCGGCGGCCGCAAGGUAUUCUUUCUCUUCUUCUUCAUCUUCUGUGGCACGCUCUUCCUCGUCUUCUCCCACGUCCAUCUCCAUCUCCACCAUCGCUGUCUCGGCUUCCUGCGGCCGCUCUCCCAAGCCCUCUCUCGUCGGCUGGAUGGAAGCGAGGAACGCGGCCACAGCAACACUUGCCAGCCAGUGACGGGCAAUCGAGUUGCGAAGCCGCAGCGUCCUGGAAAGAAACACACCAUGUGAAAAACAGAGGGUGUCUGUGUGCGUGCGGAUGUGCAUACUGUCUCAGCUGCUGCUUGGUCACGAAUCGUGCCCGUUGGUCCAUGUCGGCCUGCUCGCGCAUCGCCCGUGCCGUCAGGCUCCUCCGCCGCCACUCCUGUCCGUGCGCGGCUGUGGCCGCUCGACGCUGCUCCAGCUGACUCCUAUUGAUGGUCAUGGGACAGCGGUUGACGGCCACCCAAUCCGUGGCGUCUGAGGGCCGCAGGUGGGCCCCUCUGCUGUGGCUCGCGCGCGACUCGGCUGCGCUGACAGAGAGAGGGGAUGGUGCAAAGGGGGGGAGGUGGGGCCGAGGAGGUGGUGUUGUUGUGUCGCGGAUGAAGUGGCGCUCUCUUUGGAGGGUGUCGCGUUUGUGUCGCGUGACGAUGGAUAUGGGUGAGGUGUCGAGGGCGCCUUCCUUGAUGAGGGUCCCCAGGGGACUCGACUGGGGACGGCGCUCGAAGUACUCUGCAUGUAUACACGCACAUCAGAGAGGGUGUGAGUGUGUGUGCAGGUAUUGUCUCACCCACUUUGACGCGUAGCCGCUGGGCAGGCGUCAUGCCCCUCAUGUCUGCAAACACCCAGCCAUCCAUCCAUCCAUCCAUCCACCACACACGAUGAAACGGACAAAUGCGCGCUAUGGUCUCUCCGGUGUCCUCUCUGAUAUGUGUCGUACGCACAUCUCCUGCUCGCAUCGUGGAUGGACGCCAUCGGCUGGAACGCCGUGGGUGAGCUGUUUACCGACCCCCUCUCACUCACACUGCCAUACCUCCCUCCAGGCGGCAGCUGCGCGUCCAAGAACUCAUCCAAAUCAAAGUAGCUCGGCACCCUCUCCAGCAGCCGAUGCCGCUGCUCCAUCUCAAAGGCCAUCGCCCGCUGCAUCUGCCGCCUUCUCUUGGCCCUGGCGGCGCUCCGGGCUGUCUGCGGCUUCACUGGCAAAGGCAGCUUCAAGGUCCCUGCCUGUGAUGGUCUUCUCACAAUCUGCUGUCCCAGAACCUGUGCUGUCAUGGUCAUGCUGGGGCUGCGGGAUGUGAGGGACGGCCGGGGUGAGGAGAACGAAAAGGAGUCGGGGGGGAUGGUGGUGAGCUCCUCUUGCAGAAGACGGGCGUGUAGGACGCUGGAGCGGCUCCUGUCCCUGCCCGUCAUGGCGUUGAAGACGGGGCUGAUGUGCUCCUCCACCAGCUCAUUGUAGCGGUUGUACCGCUGAGUCACCGACGACAGGUGAAGACGCGCGGACGAUGGGGGGCGCGUUUCCGCCAUCGGGAGGGAAGUGAGAAACCAAAACCGUCGAAAGGUCG